AAUUGUAAUUGAUAUGAAUUUCGGUGAAUAUUAAAUUCAGUUUCUUUUACAUGAAAAUUUCAAAGAAGGUUAAAUGAAAGAUAAUAGAAUCUAAAUGACAAUGAUUAAUGCGUACGAAUGAAAAUAUCUGGUUUUCUCUUCGAACUUCGAGUAGAAUUUUAAUGAUCGAUAUUAUCGUUUUUUCGCAUUAAAGUUCAGUUAAUUGCGUGAGUGCAAUGUCUCGUCUGCGGUAUUUGUAUCACGGCGUAAGGAUCGUAAGUCUGUCGCUGUGCCCUUCUAUUCGGAAUUAUUCCGCGAGAAGGCGGCACUGUUUUAGUUGUUGCAGAAUGAAUUUUACCGUUCGAUAUUUGAGAUGUGUGCAGUUACCUUUUGAAGUGAAUUCUUAAGCGAUAUUGUGCAAGCAGAUAAUAAUAGAAACAUGAGUUAUCAUCGUGGAGGAGGUAAUAAGCCUAGGGGUUUUGGGUUUGCCGGCUUUCAAAUGUCUGGUACAAAGAGAAGUGGUUCUAAUAUACCACCUCCACCUCCUAACUCAACGUUAAGCAAGCAAGGUUAUCAUACCAUGAAUUCUAUCACCGAAAAUGCCUUAUCUGCUUGUUGGGGCAUGCCAAAGAAACGUAGUAAGACAGAAGAAGAAUACUUUGAGGAUGACGACGAUCCUCCAACAUCAUCCUUGGAAUAUAUCCCAGCACCUGGGUCUCCUACCUACGAUUUGAUGAAAAAGUCAGCUCCCAAGGAAGACAGUGAUAGCGAGGAGGAUCCACUGGACGCUUUUAUGGCUGGUAUAGACGCUGAAGUAAAAAGAAACAAUUUCGAGGCUCAACUCGCGGAAGACGAGCGUAAGGAAGACAAAUCCAAGGGAUUCAGAGCAGAUAUAGAUGGAGAGGAUGACGAGGAGAGCUAUUAUAGAUACAUGGAGGAGAAUCCGACUGCCGGUUUGCAACAAGAGGAAUCCGAUCAGGAGAUCGAGUACGACGAAGAUGGAAAUCCGAUUGCGCCACCGAAAAAGAAAGAGAUCGAUCCACUGCCACCCAUCGAUCACAGCGAGAUACACUAUGAACCGUUCGAGAAAAACUUUUAUAAUGUUCACGAGGAGAUUGCUAGUUUAAACAAGCAACAAAUCGAUGACCUAAGAAAGACUUUAGGAAUCAAAGUAUCUGGUCCUUCUCCUUCUAACCCGGUUACUAGUUUUGGACAUUUUGGUUUCGACGAUGCAUUAAUAAAGUCCAUCAGAAAAAAUGAAUACACUCAACCCACCCCUAUUCAAGCUCAAGCUGUCCCUGCCGCGUUGAGUGGUAGGGAUAUAAUAGGUAUAGCAAAGACCGGUAGCGGUAAAACGGCAGCAUUUAUUUGGCCCAUGUUGGUUCAUAUUAUGGAUCAACGGGAACUAAAGGCUGGCGACGGACCCAUUGGCCUGAUUCUGGCCCCAACGAGAGAGUUAUCGCAACAGAUUUAUCAAGAAGCGAGAAAGUUUGGGAAAGUAUAUAAUAUUCAAGUGUGCUGUUGCUAUGGCGGUGGUAGCAAAUGGGAACAGAGUAAGGCGUUGGAAGGGGGUGCGGAAAUAGUAGUGGCCACGCCGGGCAGAAUGAUAGACUUAGUUAAAAUGAAGGCGACCAAUUUAACUAGAGUAACGUUCUUGGUGCUGGACGAAGCCGACAGGAUGUUCGAUAUGGGUUUCGAACCGCAAGUGCGUUCUAUAUGCAACCACGUUAGGCCUGACAGGCAAACGUUGUUGUUCAGCGCAACAUUUAAAAAGAGAGUAGAAAAGCUCGCGAGGGACGUUCUAACAGAUCCGGUCAGAAUAGUUCAAGGGGACGUCGGCGAAGCGAACGCUGACGUCACGCAACACGUGAUAUUCUUCAGCAACAAUCCUGUCGGCAAAUGGACUUGGUUGUUGCAGAAUUUGGUCGAGUUUUUGAGCGCCGGUAGUCUAUUGAUCUUCGUGACGAAAAAGUUAAACGCCGAAGAACUCGCGAACAAUCUUAAAUUAAAAGAAUUCGACGUUUUACUGUUACACGGUGACAUGGAUCAAAUCGAGAGGAAUAAAGUGAUCACCGCUUUCAAGAAGAAAGAUGUCAGUACCUUAGUCGCCACUGACGUCGCCGCCCGUGGUCUGGACAUUCCACAUAUCAAAACCGUUGUAAAUUACGAUGUGGCGCGGGACAUAGACACUCACACACACAGGAUAGGUAGAACAGGACGAGCCGGUGAAAAGGGUACGGCCUACACCCUCGUGACGGAGAAAGACAAAGAAUUCGCCGGACACUUGGUUCGAAACUUGGAAGGCGCGAAUCAAGAAGUACCAAAAAGUUUAAUGGACUUGGCGAUGCAAAGCGCUUGGUUCCGGAAAUCUAGGUUCAAAGGCGGAAAAGGGAAAAGUUUGAAUGUCGGAGGGGCCGGACUUGGCUUCAGGGGCAGACCAGACGUAUCGUCAACUUCGAGUGGCGGCACUUCAUCUCAAGGUUCGAAAGAUAUAAGCGAAGUAGUGAAAAAAUUAGAAAGGCACGGACCUGGCAGCGACCGUUUGUCCGCGAUGAAAGCUGCCUUUCGCAGUCAGUAUAAUUCUCAGUUCAGGGCAUCGUCGGAUCACACGUGGGAACAAACCAUCACGCCUCCUUCUGUAAUAAUGCCCCCGCCGCCACCCGUACCGCCGAAACCAAAUACGGAGCAACCGCGGAAUCAGGAGAACCAAACUUCGCACGCGGCGGGAGAGAGGAGAAGAGUGAGAAAAAGUCGAUGGGAAUAAUCGGACGUCCGCGCACCUACGAUUAUUUUGUGUAUACUGCUAUACUGCGAUAAUAUGCUAAGAAUCGACGA